AUGGCCGUUGUCUUCAUUUUCGACGUUAGCCUCCCUGAGAAAGACGCCUCGGUGCCCCUGCCACUUUCUUGGCAAUGUGCGUCGGAAUUGACAAGCUGUGCGACAUGGGAUAACGCAAUGGAAUUGUGGAAGGACACUAAAAACACAAAACGCGAAAUCAAACUCCCACUUGAAGAAGUGUUGGGAAUGCGGCCUGAUCACGAGGAUCAAGGUGAAUCCGAAGCGACCCCAUACGCCCUGGAAACUUUCCCGAGAACCGUCAUCGCGAAGAAUAAGUACUUUAGGAUCGACGUGCAGCCCAUCGUGGGGUAUUAUCGAUCUCGUUCUUUAUCUUCCGCGAUCGUUAAACCAUACGCUACGGCCCCCAUUUCGAACGUUGCCCUUUUAAUUCAGCAGACUUUACGACGUUGUUCUCACGAACGGGGCGACCGCCUCUCCACGCAGAGGGGCUCUGAAAUCCCUUUUGGUUGCGUUUUUACGGCGCACCUCUCGCAGGAUCCACGGGAGGCGAUUCCAUGGGAAACCGUUCCACUAUCCCACGCGCUUUUUUCCGUCGUUCUCGUCUAUCACGAGAAGGACGAGGACCUCCAGCGCGCGGAGCACGUGAAGACCUGGCGGCAGGAAUGUCUUAGCCAUCAGUUUGAGUUUAUUCCCCAUCGUUUCGCUCGCGAUGCGAGGGGAGCGCUCGAGGUUAUUCCCGCCGAGGUGGGAUCUGUUGGGCUGCUAAAAGGCCUUCUCACCGGCAGCUCGCGCGUCGCUCAAAUCCUGUGCAACACGUUAUGGCCGAGCACCGUCCGUAGACCACUUUCGGAGGCUCCUUCAGCCUCUUUUCCGGCAUCCCAAACGGGUGUGAAUGCAAGCCAGGCGGAGGUGAAAGAAUCCGAUCCUAUCAACCUCUUCUUAGUGAUUAGCAGCGAUUUUACAAAGGUGCUCCGAAGCUUUACUCAACCGAACUUUUCCGAUGGUAGUGAUGAAAAUGGGGAAGUGGGGGUGCGACCCCGCGCUGAUCGUCGGCAGCAGGAUAUUCGUUUUUUGACGAUAGCAAAGCAAGAUUUAGAGCGGUUUCCUCCCUCUGUAGGGGGAUGCCCAUAUUUAACCAACAACUCUAUUCAUAGGAAUCAUUCCCACGAAAGCGUGGGUAUCAACGCCGACAGGGAGGUCCAUGCGAAUGGCCCGCAGUCCUCCUCCUUUCCACCCAGUUCUCUGGAUGAGCCAGAGGAAAUGGGGCUGCGAGAGAUGGAGCCGUUGCUCCUGGUGAAUCGCUACUUUUCCGCGUUGGUUGCCCCUCUUUGUGUGCACCCUGCCCUCUUUGAUUCCGCGAUGAGUGAUCGGUUUCGGAUGGCGUUGGAAACGAUGAGGCGGAGGGAGGGUUUUAACACAUCGUUCAGCGUCGUAUUUUGGUCUGGAGAGCCCUCUGAGAGAUUGAUACCCCUUUCUGAUCUGCUUGAUCAGCUCAUAAGAUUGGGAUUUGAGGAUGUGAAGGUGGUGAUUCCAACCACACCCGAGGGGGUGAUGUCUAUACCAUUAACGGCGAUAGAAGAGCAGGUGUGCGCGGAAAAGGAGGUGGAGGUGAUCUCCUUAGGGCCCUUCCUUUCGCGUGAGGUGGAUUCUCCCAACCUGGCAAGGAGCGGGGUUAAAAAAUGGGAAUUGGAGGAGGGCGUGAGCGGGGCGGAUCGUCUUCGGGAGGUCCUGCACUGCGUUACCUCAUGGAAAUACACGGAAUCGACCCCGAAGCCUCUCCCUUGGCAUUGCUUUACCCUUUCCCCAACCCCUUGUAAUCGGAAUCGAUGUUUUCUACACCUCUGCGCGGGAUCCGCAUGGGACGAAGAGAUAUGGGCUCGUCAUCUUCUCUCCCACGCCCUUCCCUCCUUUUCCGGGCCCCCACGCGUGGAAAGCCCCGUGGCGUCUUGCCUUCCCUCCCUAACCAUCGCUGGGCAUCCAAAUGGCAUGCACAAAUCUCUCACAAAAAAUUCCAACGCAGGUUGUGAGUUUGUGCUGUCAAACAAGUACUUUUCCACGAGGGUGGAUCUCUUCUUCUAUGGAGGGGUAUGCAGCCGAGAAUGGCGCCAGGAGGCCCCUCGGUUGGACUUCCUGGAGACCUGUCAGGCUUUUAUUAUGCUGUGCACUCGGGAAACUCUUCACCUCGCGUCAUUGGAGGAAAUACAUUUGGAAGAUGGUGGGAAACCCUCGGAUGAUGCGGCCUGGAUCCCUACGCCUUUGCGAGGUCCAUCUCCGGCGGACUUGGCGUGGAUUCUGAGAAAAGUCCAAGGCCUCUUAGCCAAGCAGUGGAAAGAAGAGCAAGAAGACCUGUUGGGAGGUUCGGACGGGGAUGGCGAAACCGACAAUCUCAACACGCACGCCACAACGGACCUUGGAAAUUCCUCCGUGCUGAAGCGAGUCGCGCUGCUCUAUGUGGUGGACGCGGACCCCCAUAAUACGGCUCUUAUGGAUGGGAUCUUGGAGGAGGUAGAUCGAAUUUUAUUUGGCGAUCAAUCUAAUACCCCGCCACGCUGCAACAGCGAUGAUAUCCAUGAUGCAAUCGAUGAGGAAACGGUAAAUUUUUCCUUAAUCGAGGUUGUCGGGAUGGAUGUUGGGUUUACCGCAGACCAAAUGGGCGCGGUGCGGCCCCCACGCCACGCGGAGAGUUUUGAAACGGAAGGCUGCACGAGAAUACGUGAGGCCCUGGAGCAGCACCGAUGGCUCUUUACACAAAACGCGGCAGUAGAAUACCAAAACGGCAAAGAUACCGAAGCUUCAAAGGUUGAAAAAGAAGUUCUAUUACGGGCGUCGCUAGAGCAAGGGAGUAUGGAGCCUGAAACCGAGCUUCAUCCACGCGAUACGCUUCCAACUGUCGAUCAGGGAAAAGAACAGAUUCCUUCGAUAGGAUGCGAGCCCCCACGGCAUUACCUCAUGGACCCUCAAAGUUUGCGCACCGAGCCUGUGUUAGCCCUUUUGUAUUUUAACAUGAAGCGAAAGGCAAAUGGGGAGGGUGACCUCACGGGUGCUGAGGGUGAUGAGGAUCCCAACUCAAAAUUCCUUCCGAACGAUCUUUCCAAACAAAAGAAUAGCAUCAAGAACGAUCUGGAAACCGAGUACUAUACCGAGCUAAUGGCCUGGGUGAAACGAAUGAAGCUGUACGGUGAUCACCUCCCGCCGAGUGUGCGCCAACUACAAGCUGAAGUACUCACUCUAGCUUUGGGGGAAGCUCUAUCCUAG